CUGGUGUCACUGGGUGGGUCCCCGCUGUCCCCGCCCCGUCACUGGUGUCACUGGGCGGUGUCACUGGGCGUGUCCCCGCUGUCCCCGCCCCCGUCACUGGUGUCACUGGGCGGUGUCACUGGUGUCACUGGGCGGGUCCCCGCUGUCCCCGCCCCCGCCAUGGCCGCUGCCCCCCCCCAGCAGAUCCGAGCGCUCCUCGCGGGAGGCAUCGCACCCGGGGCGGGGAAGGACACGGCCGAAUGGUCCGAGUCAGCCAAUGGAUCUUCCCAACUGGAUGCUCCUUCGUUGGAGUCCACCAGCAAGGACGCCUACUUCAGCCGGGUGGAAACGUUCACCCCGCUGAAGUGGGCGGGCAAACCCCACGAGCUGUCCCCCCUGGUGUGCGCCCGGUACGGUUGGACCAACGUGGAGUGUGACCUGCUCAAAUGUUCCAGCUGCCAAGCCUUCCUCUGCGUCAGCCUACAGCUCGCCUUCGACUUCAACAAAUAUAAGGAGCGCUGCGCUGAGAUGAAGAAGGCCUUGUGCACCGCUCACGAGAAGUUCUGCUUCUGGCCCGACAGCCCCUGCCCAGAUCGCUUUGCCAUGCUGCUGGUGGAAGAGCCAAGAGCCCUUCUCCAGGACUUCCUGGAGCGCUUCCAGAGCCUGUGUCGGCUGGAGCUGCAGCUGCCCUCCCUCCGACCAGAGGACAUGAAGAACAUGUCCCUGACGGAGGAGAAGAUCAACGCGCUCCUCCAGCUGAUUGGGGAGGAACUCGAGCACAAAACAGAAGGAGAGAAACCAUCGACGAAGGCUACCACGGAAACGCUGCAAGUGCACAUUCCAGCCUGUGUCCUGGCGCUGUGUGGCUGGACCUGCAGCGCCGCCUCUGGCUCCGUGCACCUCUCCGUCAUCACCUGCUCCCGCUGCAUGAGGAAGGUGGGACUGUGGGGCUUCCACCAGCUGGAGUCUGUGGGGCUGGAGCUCGACUCGUGCGGCGCCAGCAUCGCCCCAGUGGCGCCCGCUGAGCGCUUCCCGCUGGUGCCCACUUCACCGCGCAGGAUGCUGACGCGCAGCCAGGACACUCCGCCACCGGGCUCCGACCAGCAUGAGAAGAGCCUGUCACCCGCAAUCUCUCGCCCGCGGGGUUGGGACUCUCCAGUCUCCGUGGACCGAAGUGAUGUCGAGGUGGCCAGCCCCGCUCUGAGGAGCCGUCCCGUCACCCGCAGCAUGGGGCCAGGUGACAACGUGGAGGUGCCAUCCAGUCCUCUCCGCAGAGCAAAAAGGCCACGGCUCUGCUCUUCCAGCAGCUCGGACACUUCUUUGAGGAGCUUCUUUGACCCCAGCUCGCAGCAUCGUGACUGGUGUCCUUGGGUCAACGCAGUGGAGGGAGGGGAAGCCCUGGAAGAUACCGCAGCCCAGACGGAGAAGGAGUCUGCAAAGGCAGAGCCGGGAUGGCGAGCGGUACUGAACGUGCUCCUCAGCACCAGGGAUUGUGACCGAGUGCCUGAGACGGAGCCUGUGAGCCUCUCGGUGAAGUCGUGUAAGGUGUUCCGCAUUUUCCGUCAGUGGGAGAGCAUGAAUUCCUCCUGAGGGGCCCUCGGGGAAGCGCUGCCUGGCGUGGGGCAGAGAUUCGUUUCGCGGUUGCUCCCGUGGCAGCUCCAUGCCCCACGGAAGGGACGCUGAGGAGGCUCCGUGACAAACGCAGCCCCCAGCUGGGAUCCCCUCUUCCCAACUGCCUUCCUUGGAGCAGAUUGCCUUCACCAAUUGCUGCCGGAGCCCUUGGCUCCGAGGGCUCCGACAGCCUCGUCUGGAGCCGGGAUGGUGGGGGGCGAACGUGGUCACCUGGCGGGGGUGACCAUCCUGUCCAGCUGUGACCGCCACCGGGAGGCGAUGCCAGGUGGGAAUAAACAUUUCACUGUUGUUUUUUA